AUGGAAUCGGAUGUACCCACAAAACUUAGCAAAUUCCCCACUCCAUUCUCGAUUGAAAGCCUCAUAGCAACGCAACAUCAAGCCGCUCAAGACAACAGCAACAAACCGAUCGUCGAUGCCAGCUUAACCAACAGCACCGAAUUAUCGGAUGAACUUAGUGCCAGAGCAAUGGUAGCAUCAUCCGCAUUGGGACUAACCAAUUUCCCACUAUACAACCCCUGGUUGCAUGGAUACUUUGCCCAAAACCAUGAUAGAAUCUCUCAGCUAUUAGCCGCCAAUGGCUCCGGCUCAACAUCCUCUAAUUCACCAACACCAAAUGUAAAACCCUCGUCGGACUAUGAAACACAACUGCCACAGGCACGAUUUCUAAUACCGGCAGCUGCUUUCGGUUUAGGCGCGAUACCACCCACCGUGGCUAUAAACGAAGGUAUACUACAGCAAUCUGCAAAUCUCGCCACCGAUUUGGCAUCGCGCCAAAGACUCGCGGAUAUAAUGGCAAAUGGCCUAACGACGGACAGCAUUCAAAAUCUGUCGAUUAAUUCGAGAUUUGUCAACAAAGUUUUCAACGAUACCGCUGUCUUAAGCAAUUUCUCUAAUAGGACGAUGUCGUCGUCCUAUAAUGACCGCCGAGAUAGUGCAUGCGCUAAUAGCCAACAACAAUCUGAAGAUGGGUCCGUAGAUGUUGUUGAUGAUGAUUAUGACUGCAGUGGCGAUUCGUGCAGCGACAUCAGUCUUACCAUGUCGCCUCAAAACUAUACAAAUGACCUGGACAAGAGCAAAGCUUACAACCACACAGACAGUGAAGACUGUUCUGAUGACGAUGUCAAUUCAAAUGGCCAGAAAGAUUCCAAUAACAGUGGUGGCCAGAGUUCCAAAUCGAGGCGGCGACGGACGGCAUUCACAUCGGAACAGCUUUUGGAAUUAGAAAGGGAGUUCCACGCCAAAAAGUAUUUAAGUCUGACGGAGAGAAGCCAAAUAGCAACCAGUCUCAAACUGAGUGAAGUUCAGGUUAAAAUAUGGUUUCAAAAUCGCAGGGCCAAAUGGAAACGCGUCAAGGCUGGAUUAUCAUCGCACGGUUUGGGACGCAACGGUGCCUCUGGAACGAAAAUUGUUGUGCCCAUACCAGUACACGUAAAUCGUUUUGCAGUCCGUUCCCAACACCAACAAAUGGAAAAGAUGUGCCUAAGUGGUCCCAAACCCGAUUUAAGGAAAAAGAUCACCUCCGACAACAGCGGAUUUGAGAAAUUCAAUUCCAAUGUCACAAAUCCCAGUACGCCUUUGUUGCCGCCAAAUGCGAUAAACACACCUGCCGCUACCGGAGCCGUCAAUUUAACAGCGUUAACGGGCACCCUGUCAUUGGCACGUAGUAUUUAUUAG